CAGAGACAGAGACAGAGGCUCAGAGCCCAAGGGGCCAACAUUAUUAGUUUAGUAGUGGCAGUGCACCAUCACUGUAACGGCUAGUUUCUAAUUAUCUCCCCACCCAGAUUCUCACUUUCUAUUUAAACACAGUGAGCCCCUGGACUUGCUAUUCCAAUCCCCAACUCGCUUUUCUCUCUCUCUUUGUCAUAGCCAUAUCCUUCACUUGCCUUCUCUUCUCCAGACUUUGAUUUCCCAUGGUUAUUUUCUCAAGAAGGCUAACUUCUUCCUUUCUGUUCUUUCUAUUUCUAAGCUUUACAGAAGCUAAAGAAAUCUUGGUUGGUGGGAAGACAGACGCCUGGAAGAUUCCAUCAUCUGAAUCAGAUUCUCUCAACAGAUGGGCUGAAAAAUCCCGUUUCCGCAUCGGCGACUCUCUCGUGUGGAAAUAUGAUGGUGGCAAAGACUCAGUGCUGCAAGUGACCAAGGAGGCUUAUGCAAGCUGCAAUACCUCAAACUCAAUUGCAGAGUACAAGGAUGGGAACACCAAGGUUAAGCUUGAUAGGUCAGGGCCAUUUUACUUCAUCAGUGGAGCAAAGGGUCACUGCGAGCAAGGCCAAAAGUUGCACGUUGUUGUAUUGUCUCAAAAGCACAGGUACACUGGAAUCUCCCCAGCACCUUCUCUGGCAGAAAUUGAGGGUCCUGCCAUUGCUCCUACCAGCAGUGCUGCUGGGUUGAAGGCUGGUUUCUUGGUCACACUGGGGGUUGUAGUCUUGGGGUUGUUCUGAGAUGUGAGGGUAGUUUUGGUUUUGCGAGAGAGUUUGGAUUUUGCAAAUCCACGAGAGAUUAUUUCAUUUCGUUUUUAAUGUUGUUGAAUGUCUCACCAAAUUGGUGACAAUUUGGAGUCAUUUAUCGAUUCAUCAAAGAGUCUAUAAGAUCCAACAUGAUUCUAAAAAAUACGGCUUCAGAAGAAUUUAUAAGAUUUUCUCCAUUAAAAAUAAA